AUGCCUGACCAAAUGGAUGAUCUCAUCGUCCAAGACGAUGGAAAUGAUCAGUUUCUCACUGAACGUCCCAAUAAUCAAAAUCAGUCAAUUAUGCGCGAAGAAACAACAAUGGGAACUCGAGGAAAAACUACAGCGCUAAUGAUUGCUGUCAAGUUGGCAAUGGUUGAUAAAAGGUUGCAAAGAAUUUUUAAAUUUGGUGAAUAGAAACAUUUUGCAGAAAAACUCUAGAUUUGUUUAUGCCAGCGAUUAUCUUCACUUUUUCCUUCGCCAUUCUUAUCCACACAAUAAUCGGAGCCGUUGUACUAUUAGUUUGA